AUGACUCUGAUGCCUGUUGUGUUCAUUCUGUUUCUUCUCAAUAUCUUAGAUCGUAAUAACAUUGCGAGUGCCAAAAUCGUCGGUCUGCCGCAGACACUGGGUCUCACAAACUCGGAAUACAAUACCUGCCUGUUGAUGUUCUACAUUGGAUACUGCAUCACUCAAGUACCUUCGAAUAUGAUUAUCGGAAAAGUGCGACCGUCAUACUACAUCUGCUUGAUCACAUCCCUCUGGGGCAUUUUAUCAAUGAGCCAGGGUUUCACCAAGAACUUUGCCCAACUUGCCACCAUCAGAUUCGUCCUUGGACUUGUGGAAGUGGAUGCAGCUCCCUUCUUGCCCGCAGUGUUUGUUCUCAUGAGCUGCUGGUACUCACGCCGAGAACUACCCCCUCGAAUCGCGAUCUUGUAUGGUGGUAAUAUGCUUGCAACGGCUUUUAGUGGUUUAAUAGCUGCCGCCAUCACUUCUAACAUGGAAGGUGCCGCUGGAAGACCGGCAUGGGAGUGGCUCUUCAUCAUAGAAGGAGCUAUGACUGUUGUGAUUGCAAUCAUCUUCUUACCGGUUUUGAUAGACUACCCGCUUCAGAGCAAGCACAUCUUCAUAUCCCGAGACUUGCAACUAUAUGCAGAAUGGCGCAUCCGUAAAGAAAACGCCGGCAUCGUCGACGAAGACCCAGAGUCCAUCUGGUGGGGCUUAAAGCAAGCCCUCAUCGACCCCAAGCUGUACCAGUUCGUCGUGCUGCAGAUGGCGCUUAUCACCUCGCAAUCUUUCAAUAACUUCUUUCCCUCUAUCGUAGGCACGCUAGGCUUCGACUCCACCACGACGCUGCUCCUUACCUCCCCACCCUACUUCUUCGCCUUCAUCGUUUCACUCCUCACCUCGUUCCAUGCUUCGCACAAGCAGGAGCGAGGGUACCAUAUCGUAUUGCCGAUGAUGUUCGCUUUGCUGGGGAAUAUUCUUGCAAUGUUUGUGCCCACAACCGGCGGUCGGUACUUCUCGAUGUUCCUCAUGACGUCCGGCUCUUACUCCCCCUACAAUCUCUGCGUGAGCUGGGUCAGCUCAUCAUUGCCCCGUCCCCGUGCAAAGCGUGCCGCGGCGCUGGCUAUUGUCAAUUUCAUGGCGGCUGGCGCGGCGCAUUUCUAUACAAGCUACAUGUUCCCGGAUGAACAGAAACCACGAUACUAUGCUGGUGGAGGUGUUAUGAGUGGGGCAUGUCUGGUUGUUGCUGGCACGGCGCUGGGUAUUAAGCACUACCUCAGGAAGCAGAACCGAAAGUUUGAGGCCGAGGAGGAGAAUGGGGUGGUUAGUCAUGCCCAGAUCAAGGGUUCUAAGACGGGACAUGGAGGUGAUGCUAUUGUGGCAUUCAGAUAUGUGCACUAA